AAAGAGCUACCAAGAUGUCCGUCCCUACCUUCACUGCCGCCCUUACGGCCUCCCAGAACAAGGAGAAGUACUCCGCCAAGGUGCAGGAGCUCGCCGCUGCCAUCAACGCCGAUGCCCUUAGCUCCGCCAUCGAGGCUAUCCUGUCCGGUGGCGACGAUGCUACUGUCUCGGACGCCGAGCAGAGCAAAGCCCUGACUGCGGGCUUUGAGUACGCGACGGAGCUGGUCAAGGAGUUGAAGAGCUCUCCCGGGAAUGAUGAUAAGCUGAAGUUGUAUGCAUUCUUCAAGCGCUCGAAGAACGAGGAGCCUGCUGCGCCGGGUGCUUUCUCAUUUGAAGCCAAGUACAAGUACAACGCGUGGAAGGAGAUCAAGGAUAUCAGCCAGCAGCGGGCCCAGGCUCUGUACAUCCAGAAGGUCAACGCUCUCCUCGAGUCGAUCGGAACCAACUAACGGCGUGAAUGCCAUGAUACCGCAUAAGGGUUAGGGAGACUGGAGGAUAAAGACUGCAUUGGAUAAGAUUUAUGUCAUCUAUCUUUAUGACAUUACCAGUACGGUAGUUGACCGUGAUGAUGGAAUGAAGCUAUGCUGUUCUGUGCGU